AUGCGCAGGGUACUACUAGCCCCACUCCCUUCGGGAUGGAAAGGACUUUGUGAAAAAUUCCCCAAGUGCCAAGAAAAUGCGCACAUCUUCCAGUGCCCACCGCAAGAGCUGACAUCCAUCAUGUCCCCUUCGCCCUUCGCACAAUGGGGGCUUGACCACAUCGGCCCGUUUCCUGAGGGCAAGGGAGAAGUGAAGUUUGUAAUAGUAGCGGUCGACUACUUCACAAAGUGGGUGGAAGUAGAAGCACUGGCAACCGUCACGGCUCAGGCCAUCAUGAGGUUCCUCUGGAGGUCCAUAGUCUAUCAAUUCGGCAUUCCUCAAAGCCUCACAUCAAACAAUGGCAGGCAGUUCGACUGCUCGCACUACCAGGAGUGGUGUGCCUAG